AUGUGGCCGCUACGGGUCUAUACCCGCAAGAAGAGAGCCGGCCAGAGACUCAACCUGACCCCAACGCCAGACCUAGGCCCAUCGGUGAUGGCAGAAGCACCCCCAGGCCCAAGCCGAAGGCUCGCUGCCCACUGCCUCAAAGGAAAUGGCAAAGUUCGCGAUUUGCAGAAGAUCUCCGAGAAAGUGGAGCGGAGUGGGCAGGGUAGUAGCUCCUCAGGACUGCCCAGCUCUCAGUCAGGAAUUGCAGGAGAGAAGAGCCUGCAAGAAAGUAGCACUGGAAAAGAAGAGACCGAGGAUGACAAGGUUGCUCCAUUGAGGGAGUCAGUGACUGAUGCCCUCCAGGUGGACAGUAGUUCAUCAACUGAUGAACUAGUAUCAGGACCAAGUUCACAGCAUGAUAUUUCUGGUUCUCUUCUGAGCUAUUCAGACACAGAUUAUUAUACAGAAUACAAGAGUUUUGAAGAGAAUUUAAGUAGCUUCCCAUCACCUGAACUCUUCAGAGGAUCACAUUAUUUAGAUUGGGAAUGUCCCAAGUUGGAAGAAUACAUGCAAUGCAAGAAUUCCACUUUUCUGGAUAGCAGUAAAGUAGUAGCAAUAGAGAAGGCACCGCAGUUUUCAAACCUCUCUUCAAUUUUAGCUACUUCUUCAGAAGACUAUCAGAAAUGCCAUAGAAAAAUACUGAUGAUGUUAGCAGAUGAAAAUAUUUCUCCUAAACCAAAGAGUACUUCAAAUUCAGAAUCAGAUAAUGCAGCUUGUGAAGUACUUGCUGAAAAAACUUACCCUUUAACCCAUGAAAAAACAAAGAAAAAACCUGGAAAAGAUCCUGAACCUACAGAAACAAAUUUUCAAACAAAGUUAAGCUCUCAUCUAAAAAUCAAGGUUCCAUCACCUCAGCAGAGGUCUGUGCUUGAAAGCAAUGCAAGUAGUAAAUCAGUCACCAAAGUUCUGUUGCCUCAGCCCCUGGAACCUGCAUUGAAUACAAAUCUCACUACUCCUGAUAAGAAAAUCAGAGGCCUGUUAACAAGUACUCCGACUUCGCAAACAGCUAGUUUAGAGAUUGAUCUGUCCUCAGUACAAAAAGCGUCUUUGGAGGAAUUAUUUCCAAAUGUCAGCAACUUUGUUAAUUCAGAUGAAAUUGUUCCUAUGUCAAAUUUACAAGGAAAUUCUUCAAAAGAGGUUGCUUUAAACACAUCAGAAAUAUGUUGUAUUAUUAGAGCAUCACCAGGAACUAGACAAGUGAAAAGUAAAGGUGUUAUUGUAAAGAAGAAGAAAUAUUCCCUUCCUAAAGAUAUUCCUCAAGCUCUUACAAGGGACGAAUUCCUGGUGCCAGGGUUCGCGGAGUUAGUCGAAAACUCGGAGGAUACCUGCCCGCAGCGUCUCUUGGGAGUCACAGCGGUGGCGGGUGUCAUGGCAGGGUCCUUCAUCAGACCACAAGAGCCAGCCCCACGCUGUCAAGUUCAGAGUUCACACUUCCCGAGACCCAGCACGGGCAGGCCUGUGGCGGCGGGCUCCAAGUCCAGCCUACGCCCCGGCCCCACGGGUAAUGCUCACGCACCCGCGCCUUCUCUGCUCCGCGGACCGUGGACUCCGCCAGGCGCCGGGUGGAGGUGCGAAGCCACGAAGCCGAGAUGA